UGGUCGAAAAUCGGUCAAAAUGGUAGACUCGCUCUGGCUACUUCUGUCUUUAUGCAUAAUUUGUCCAGGACACGCUUGGAUUGCUGGAAACGUUUUGAUGACAGGAUCCAAGGCUUAUCUUACCUACGCCAGGAGCGUGCAGGUCGGCACGCAGAGUGGCAUCGAGGAGUGCAAACACCAGUUUAGGUGGGACAGAUGGAAUUGUCCAGAAAGCGCUCUCCAGCUCAAGGGACUGAGACGCGCCACCAGAGAGACGUCAUUUGUCCAUGCCAUCAGCGCUGCAGGAGUCAUGUACAUUCUGACCAGGAACUGCAGCAUGGGAGACCUUGACAACUGUGGCUGUGAUGCUUCAAGGAAUGGCAAAAUCGGUGGACAAGGCUGGCUGUGGGGUGGCUGCAGUGAUAACGUGAAUUUCGGGGAGAGGAUUUCAAAACAGUAUGUGGAUGCACAAGAGACUGGUCAGGACUCAAGAGCUGCUGUUAACUUGCACAACAAUGAAGCUGGACGUCAUGCCGUGAAGGCGACCAUGAAGCGCAUCUGCAGAUGUCAUGGCAUGUCUGAAAGCUGCAGCGUCCAAACUUGUUGGGCACAGUUGUCCGACUUCAGAGAAAUUGGUGAUUAUCUAAAGGUCAAGCACAGUCAAGCCCAAAAACUGGACAUCGACAAGAAACGCAAAAGGGCAGGCAACAGUGCAGAGAGCCGGGGGGGCAUUGUAGACGCCUUUGGCAGCGUAGCCCAAACUGAACUCAUCUACCUGGAGGAUUCCCCUGAUUACUGCAAGAGAAACAUCACUCUAGGGUUGUAUGGCACUGAGGGUCGGGAGUGCGUGCAGCAGGGCGAGGGCCUGACACAUUGGGAGAGGAGAAGUUGCCGCAGGCUGUGCCAUGAGUGCAGCCUGAGAGUGGAGGAGAGGCGUACAGAGGUGGUGACGAGUUGCAACUGUAAAUUCCAUUGGUGCUGCAAGGUGAACUGUGAGGACUGCUCGCAGGUUAUGGUGAAACAUGUCUGUGCCAGGAGGGAAGCGACUGAAGGUCAGGCCCUCAGACGUAGAUACCGUGGCUCCAAAUAA